UUGGAGGCGGCGACGGCGCCUGAGCUGCGCGUGCCUGUCCUCCGCUCCGCGCGCCGCGCCGGUGGCCUCCGAGGGCAGGGGCGCUCAGGCUCGGUGCGCUCCGUGGGGGCGGCCGGCAGCCCCGCGACCCGCGGCGGGCACAGGCGGCGGCGUCCUCCCCGCCCCGAGGCCGCCGCCACCCCGCGGCUCGGGAGUAGCGGGCCGCCCGCCCCCUCGCCUGACUCAUCCGCCCGCGGUGGCCGCUCCGCGUCCUCUGCCCGAGCCCCGCCGGGAUGGGGAGGGAGACCGCGGCUGCUCGCGGCUGCCGAGCUUCCCGCUGACGCCCCCGGGCCUGCCGCCGCCUUCGCUCGUCUCCGGAGGCACCCGACGUCCCAACAGCUCCUGGAGUGAGAGCCCGGAGGGGCGACUGGAUCUCGAAGGCCCCGCGCUCAGGACAGAAUAAAAGACCAAGCUAUGAUAGCAACUGGUGGAGUGAUAACUGGCCUGGCCGCGUUGAAAAGGCAAGACUCGGCCAGGUCACAGCAUCAUGUCAACCUCAGCCCAUCCCCUGCUACUCAAGAGAAGAAACCAGUCAGGCGUCGGCCUCGGGCGGACGUUGUGGUUGUUAGAGGCAAAAUCCGGCUUUAUUCCCCAUCUGGUUUUUUCCUCAUUUUAGGAGUGCUUAUCUCCAUUGCAGGAAUUGCAAUGGCUGUCCUUGGAUAUUGGCCCCAAAAAGAACAUUUUAUUGAUGCUGAGACAACACUGUCAACAAACGAAACUCAGGUCAUUAGGAACCAAGGUGGUGUGGUGGUUCGCUUCUUUGAGCAGCAUUUACAUUCGGACAAAAUGAAACUACUCGGUCCUUUCACAAUGGGAAUCGGCAUUUUUGUUUUCAUCUGUGCUAAUGCCAUACUUCACGAGAACCGUGACAAAGAAACCAAAAUCAUCCACAUGAGGGAUAUCUAUUCCACCGUCAUCGACAUCCACACGCUAAGAAUCAAGGAGCAAAAGCAUAUGAAUGGCAUCUACACUGGUUUGAUGGGAGAAACUGAAGUAAAACAGAACGGAAACUCCUGUGCCUCGAGACUGGCGGCAAACACCAUUGCCUCUUUCUCGGGAUUUAGGAGCAGUUUUCGGAUGGACAGCUCCGUUGAGGAGGAUGAACUUGUACUCGAUGAAAGCAAGAGUUUGGGACAUCUUAUGCCACCUUUGCUGUCUGACAGCUCUGUGUCUGUCUUUGGCCUCUGUCCACCUUCCUCCAAGACAACCAAUGAUAAGACCAAUGCCCCUAAGAAAUGUGAAACCAAGACAAUUGUGUCAUCAUCCAUCAGUGCUUUUACACUGCCUGUGAUCAAGCUUAAUAACUGUGUUAUUGAUGAACCCAGUAUAGAUAACAUCACCGAGGAUGCUGAGAACCUCAAAAGUAGGUCAAGGAACCUGUCAAUGGAUUCCCUUGUGGUCCCUUUGCCCAACACCAGUGAGUCCUUCAAGCCGGUCAGCACAGUGUUCCCGCGGAAUAAUUCCAUGGGGGAGUCGUUGUCAAGUCAGCACAAGUCCUCUGUGGCCCUUGGACCUGGGGCUGGACAGCUCUUGUCUCCCGGGGCUGCUAGGAGACAGUUUGGGUCCAACACAUCCUUGCAUUUGCUCUCAUCCCAUUCAAAAUCUUUAGACUUAGACCGGGGUCCCUCCACCCUUACUGUUCAGGCAGAACAACGGAAGCAUCCAAGCUGGCCCCGGUUGGAUAGAAGCAACAGCAAAGGAUAUAUGAAACUAGAGAACAAAGAGGACCCAAUGGAGAGGUUGCUUGUGCCCCAAGCUGCAAUGAAAAAAGACUUUACCAAUAAGGAGAAGCUUCUUAUGAUUUCAAGAUCUCACAAUAAUUUGAGUUUUGAACAUGAUGAGUUCUUGAGUAACAACCUAAAACGGGGAACUUCUGAAACAAGGUUUUAAUAUUAAAAAAGAUAUCAUUUUACAAGGCUAUAUAUUUUAAAACUAUUUUCACCAGUCUUUCCUUGUUAAGGCAUUGGUUAUAAACCCUUUUAAUCAAAUGGUUUGUAGUGUAUUAGACCUGACUGCUUAAUUCUCUGAUGGAGGUGGUUGUAUGUUUGGGUUACUUAGGAAUGCAGUAUUCUUUAUUAUCAGAUAGGAUUUUAUUUUUUUCCAUUCCAUUGAAGGCAUGCUUUCUCUUAUUAAUAUGAUUACAAAAUGCUUCCAUCUGAAGUAAAGCUCCUUUGCUUUAAGUUCUUCCAUUGAUGGUCAGUUUGGAAAAGGUAAGAUACCAAAGUGUGGACUAGAAGUACCAAAUUUAGGCCCAAGACUCAAUAUGUCUUUAUAAAUGAGUGUAAGGGAAAAUCUUAGUUAUGAUUUUUCUGAGUAAUUGCUUUCAUAUAGAAUUAGUAAAAUUAUUUUCUUUCAGAACAGGGUGAGCUAACAUGAAUUGGUUAAAUUGGUUUAGUUCUGUGUGAGCUAAUUGAUAUGAAUUGGUUCAGUUGGUUGUGACUCGUACUGUGAGUUCUAGGUAGGUAGUAUUUUUCAACAUCAGUUCUAUUUUAGUAAUAUUUUAUCAAGAAGCCAGGUAUUUGGGAACCAUGCUAAGAAUGCCAGCCACUCUUAGGGGUAAAUAUCAAAAUGCUGUUAGCUAUAAAUUUAGAUAUUCAGAAUCAAACUUUGGCUUGAUGAAUGAACCAAUUUAGUUUUUAGAAAUGCUUUCCUGAAGUAAUUAUAUACAUAAAGAAAAUGUCGACUAAUGAAUGAAAAUAUAUUAUACGGUAGUUAAUGCUAACUAGUCUCAGUACAUUUUCCUACUCAUUUGUAUAAUCACCCAAUAUGCACUCAUUCCCACACCCUAUUUCCCCCCAGUAUUUUUUGGAUCCUGUUAUUUGGGAGAUAAUCAGCUUACCUUGACAUUUCUUUUUAUCUUCGCAUAUCACUAGCUUGAUGGUUCAAGAAAAUUUAGUCCUUGACAAAUUGCCUUGAAAUUUACCUUGUGCUGGAAAGCCUUAUGAUAACUCCAAAGACUUUCUUAUAGUAUAAUACAUUUUUAGGAUUGUGGUUCUCAGUUACUGAAGAUAAUAAAUAUUCAAAUAGAUGUUUCCAUCAAAAUAUCUUCAUGUUUUCCAUUAAGGUAACAUAAUUUUAAAGAAUUGUUUAAUGGCAUACUCAGGAAAUUUUAUAGGCUUUUUCCAAUGCCUAAACAUUUCUGAACAUCAGUAUUACAGUUGUUGUGGAAGAAAAGGAAGAUAUAUUUCUAUUUGUAGCUCCCCACAAUCCACCUGUACUGGCAUCAUGAGUUUUCCUGACUUGUUAGAACAUCAAGCCUGUGUAUUGUAACAGAGUGGGCCCAAUAUUUUACUAUAAAGCAUUUAAUAAACUUCUGUUCUUCAUA